AAGUCCAUGGCGAAGCUCAAAAGCGGGAAUACAAACAUGGAGAAAUGUCAACAUUACGAAAUGGAAAGUCACCUGUAUUGAAUUAAAUUGAAGUGGCAGUAUUUACGAUCAAAUUAUGGGGUUAUCAAAUAUGCAAGACGAUUUGGAAUCCAGGUUUGCUAAUUUACUGCAGCCUAUCCGAGACCUGACUAAGAACUGGGAUGUAGACAUAGCAUCAUCUCUAGAGGACUAUCUAGAAGAACUUGACAAGAUAGUGAUAACAUUCGAUGGAGGGAUAACCACUAUGAAUUUUGCUGAAGCUGCCAUGCUAAUUCAAGGCUCUGUUUGUGUUUUUGGCAAAAAGGUGGAAUAUCUAUAUUCCUUGGUUUAUCAAGUUUUGGACUUGCUGGCAAGUAAAAAAAAACAGAACAAACAGUCCUCGGUUAAUAACAAUGGAGAUGAUGAGGAUGCAGCUGAUUUUGACAGAAAUGAAGAUGAAGAGUUCCUGAGCCUAGAUGAUAUCCAACAGCACAAGAAAAUUGUCCUGAAGGAAGAUGAAUAUGGAAACAAGAAUGUGAUGCCUGUUCCUUUGAUGCCUCUCUCCCUGACUCCUUUAGAGGAAGGAGAAAAGGGAGAUGACCCUUUGUUAAGUAAGAAGGGAGAGGUUUUGGCCAGCAGGAAUGACUUUAAUAUGAACACCUGUUCUGUCCAUGAGACUGGCACGCUUCUACUGGACAUGUCUUUCAUGGCACCUCUGCAAAAGGCUCUGGCAGACUGUGUAUCUAUACAAGGUGCAUCCUUGGACACCAUACAGGAAGAGAGUGCUGACCAGUGUACACAGGGAAUGAUGGGAAGAGACAAUGUAGAGGAUGUGGAAGCCGAGACCUGCCAACCACCAGAUGUCUCAAUGGGAGAGCAUGCUGAUGAUGUAGAACCCCUGGACCCUGUCCCCAUGGAGGAUGAGGUGGAUGGAAACGUCCCUCCCAACAACAGAGAAAGUUUAGAUACUCAAAUUCUGCGAAGAUCUGAGAGAAAAAAAGUACAAAUUGUACCUCCUAAACCUAUCAUUGAUCACUGGAAAAUGAUUGACCCUCAUGAACCAGGUCAUACUGCUGAGAGGAAUGUCAAAAGAGGGAAGACAUUCAAGAUCCCAGAAAAUGUUGAUGAUAGACUUUCAAACAAGAGAAAAAGGAAAAGGCAGCCAGAGAUCAAGAAAUUAUGUCCCCUGACCCAGUUUGUUUGUCAAACAUUCACAAAUGUGGAGAAAUACCCAAAGAAUCCUCUGAAAGUGGUUUCAUUUCCAGAGCUGGACAAACCAUUUUGGACCGAAUACAAAAGAAGACAGGCCCUAUCAAGGAAAGAGAGCAAAGUGAAGAUGGCUUAUGUGGAGGAGGAAUUCACAGAGGAACAAGAGGAGCAAGAAGAUUUCCAUGAAGAUAGUGGCAAUGAUGCGGCCGAUAUCUUGUUGCCGCAGAUGAAUGAGGAUCGGCUGUUUGACGCCAUUAAUUCUGCAGUGGAUGAUGCCCCAUUCUCUGCAGUGACAGGGUCCUCGGAACAUAAUGGUUUCAGUGCCUCGUUUAAUAAGGGUAUUAUAAUUAAUGACUAUGAAGACCUUGUCAAACAACAUGUGGAGCAGUACAUGGCCAGUGCCCAGGAGUAUGUCAAGAUGACAGAGUUGUCUCGGAGGGUGUCUGAGUGGGAGGAGAGGGUCCUCCCCAAACUAGAGGAGGAGGACACCCAUGAUCCGUUUGAUAUAAACAAAUAUGGAAGUCUGCUGAUUGGAUCCUUAAAGAAGGAGUCCAACACUGCAUUCAAGGAGGUGGUCAAAGCCAAGAAGACCUAUGAAAUCUCCAGGAUAUUUCUAGCUUCCCUCAUGCUGGCCAACACAGGAAAUGUGGAAAUUGUUAGCAAAGGUGAUUUAGAGGUCGGUAUGGACAGGUUUGAAUUACACUUGCUGUCCACAAAAAGACACUUUGAACAUUUGGAGGAAUAUCAAGCCCCAUCCAUAGCUGACAAAGGAUAAUGGAAUCAAGGAGUUGUGUUUUAGUCAGGAAAAAUACUGUGUUUUCUGCCUGACAGAAUUUUAAAAGGAAACUUUCAGCAAUUUCUGUGAUCAUCUUUAUACCCAUUUUUACCUGUUUGAAAAAAAAUAAUCUAAAAACUUUCUUUGACGAUUGAUAAAAUUGAUUGAUAAUUCACUUAAUACAAUCUUUUUAUUGUAAAUUUACUGCUUUUCUUACUACACAUUGACAAAGAUGAAUAUAUUCUACUGUAGAUUUCUUUUUCGAGUACUUUAUUUCGCAAUUCGACUGUAUUGCGUCAAAUCAAGAGCAUAUGAAAUCGCAAACACCAGAUUUGUUUCAUAGUUUUAUUAGUUUUACGUCUGUCAGAAAAAUAAAAGUGAGAUUUUAUAAUCAAAGAGAUGUUCCUCUCGCGAUUUUACGCUGAUAUUGAUUCAUCAUGUUUACCGGUAAUUUGGAGUUUACAGCAUAGUGAAUAGUCAAUGAAAGAUUGUAAUUUUUUCUUUUACUAUGAUUUCAAAUGUGCAUGUUAUUUUUGGGUUAUUGUCUGAGAAAAGAUCACUAAAUGUGUUUGUAUAUGAUUGAAAGAAAUAUAAAGUCAUACUUAGUCAUUUA